AGCUGGUGGUGCAGCGGACCAACAAGGAUCAUGUGGUGUGGCUGGCCGUUCCUGCCUGCUCUGGUGCUUCUCUCAGAGCUCACGGUGGUGAGAGUCCAGACUGCACCGUGCCAGACCUGCCGAAAACUCACAGAGAGUUUCAUUCAGGGCUUGGAGAGAACAGCCAACAAGAACUUUGGGGGAGGGAACACUGCCUGGGAAGAAGAAAAGCUAGCUAAGUAUGCACGCAGUGAGACUCGGCUCCUAGAGAUUGUAGAAGCUGCUUGUGAAAAAGCUGAUUUUGAAUGUAACCGGCUGCUGGAGCAGAUAGAGGACCAGGUGGAGACAUGGUGGUUCCACAGGCAGCAGGAGGCCCCCGACCUGUCUGAGUGGCUUUGUAUAGAGGAGCUGAGACUCUGCUGUCCACCUGGACGGUUUGGUCCCGACUGCAAAGAAUGUCCAUCCAGCCCUGGUGGUGUGUGUGGGGGUCUCGGCCGCUGUGAGGGGGAGGGGACACGCCUCGGAGAUGGAGAAUGUGUCUGUGAUCCUGGAUACUCAGGACGUCUGUGUGAGACCUGUGCUGAUGGCUACUACAGAGAAAAAAGCUCCAACAACAGCAUCGGAGCAUGUGCAGCUUGCUACCACUCGUGUAAGAAAUGUGCAGGGCCGCAGGACUACAAAUGCCUCGACUGCAAACCUGGCUGGAUCCUUCAUGACAACAAGUGCGUGGACACUGAUGAGUGUGGAACAGAGCUGGCUCGCUGUCCGUCCAACACCUACUGUCACAACACAGACGGUUCUUAUGAAUGCAGAGGCUGUGACCAGGCAUGUGUCGGCUGCAUGGGGAGUGGUCCCGCCCGCUGUAAGAAAUGCUCACGUGGCUACAAAUCGACUGGAACAAAGUGUCUCGAUAUAGAUGAAUGUAAUGAGCGUGCAAUAGCAUGCCCAGGACUCAAUGAGGCCUGCAUCAACGAGGAGGGCUCCUUCCACUGUGACUGUGCUAAUGGAUUCAUUAGAAGAGACAGCAUUUGUGUUGAGAAUAAACCUGCUGCUGGCCCAGAGAAGGGUCCAUUUGACGACAUCACGGAUGAUGAGGUCCUCGUACUGCAGCAGAUGUUCUUUGGCGUUGUGAUCUGUGCCAUAGCUACGCUCGCUGCUAAGGGUGAUAUGGUUUUCACGGCCAUUUUCAUCGGAGGUGUAGCUGCUAUGGCUGGCUACUGGCUGACAGAAAAGGGAGACCUCAUGCUGGAUGGAUUUCUCAAGGGACGCUAGACUGAGUGGAGCCUCGAGGACACCAGAAUACCAGCCAGUUAAGGUGAAUAAGACUCAACUGGGGGCAGAAACUUUAUCCCUGUAGCCUUUCAGGGAUUUACUUGGGGAGUUACUUGAAAGGGCUUUGGUUCAUUUAUGUUUAUGAAUAGGGUAAUGCAGGAAAAAGUGAGAACUUGAAGGCUAUGAAGCCGUAAAUCUUGAAGAGGAAUAACAAAGCAACACUGCACUGAAGGAGCUGAACUAAAUCCCCGACCUCAACUCUGUUGGGAACAAGGGGGACAUGAAGACCACUACUGAUUGUUAAAAUCUAUUAUGCAUUUGGAUGUCUCAUCUGGCCUCAAUGUUGAAAUGAUGUCGUUUCCUUCUACACAAUCAAAACAUCCAGCCAUAUUGUCCAUCAUGUUUUUUCAUUAUCUCAACGCUGUGGAGCAGAUGAAUGGUCCGCACGUUUUGGCUGUCAGGUUGCUGAAACACUCAAGCUUCUUGCAAUGGACAUGUGGUUAGCUAAGGGAACUUUUCGGGAAUUUCCUUAACCAAUCGGAAAAAAAAAGGUCAUAGAAACUCUGGGAUAUUUCCAUUAUGAGUCGUUAUUUAUUUUCACAGAAUUACUUUCCACCUCCUUACUUACUGAGUGAUUCUUUUUAGUAAUAAUGCAUGACAUAGGAUUUAAAAUGGAAGGUACUACACUGUAUGUAUGUAUUUAUUUAUUAUCCUACUUUGGCAUGGAAGACUGACUUGACCAGCUGCUGGAUCACCAACACUACUGCUAUUGGCAACUUAAUGAGUGUGUGAGGGAAUGUGCUUUAUACCAUACCAGCUCAAACCAUUUUCUGUUGCCUUUUAUUUAUUUUGAAAGCAAUAUUUAUUGGGAAGAUGUUCAUCAUAUUUUGUUCUUGACAUUUCCUCUGUGUAUUUUUUAAUCUGUUCAAUUGUAAUUCUAGCAGAUAUAGUAGCAUCAUGUUAGAAAGCCACUCAAGCUUCAAUUCUUACCCGUCCAUAUACUUUGUCUUGGUUUUCCUCGUGUGGAAAGUUUUCCACAGUCAUUAUUUGUUAUAGAUGUUUGCUUUACAAUAAAAAGUCUGUCAGUCCUCAAUUUUUA